CAAACAACAGAAAGACUAAAUAUGUGAGAGAGAACAACAAACACAUGGUAGAUCAAGUCAACAGUUUAUAGUGCAGAGGUGCAUUGAGUUCUAAGGCAUUGCAACGAGCUGUUUAUGGGUAGAAGCUUCUCUCUCUCUCUAGUGUCUACUUAGACAAAGUAUUACCUAAUUUCUAACAAGUCUCCAGUCUCAGUGCCCAGAGUCUAUGGGGCAAGGUGUCAAUUCUAUCUGAAGUGAGCAUUCCUGCAGGACGUUUUGUUUAUCAGCAUCCUGUACAACAUUUUCUUGCAAAUGUGUGUCGUGUGUGUGUGUGUGGUAGUCGGGGAGGAGGAGGGAGAAGCGAUCAAAACGAUUCAGAGAGAACGGACAAAGAGGAGGAGAAGAAACUGUGGCUUGUUUUCAGUUUGAAGAAAUAUCUUCGAGGCCAGUGAGGGCAGGAUGCUAAACCCACACAGCACUGAUAAAGAAACAAACCUCGUCAACUGCUCAAGUCUUGACUCAUAACCUGAGAGAAAGCGAUCAUUGUGAAGUGGUGAUCCAUAGAACCUGCUGGACUGGGGGAUCCCCAGAAACAGGGUACACAUCCAGGGGUGACUCAGACCUAUAAAGGUUAACACCUACAGACGCUUUGAAGCUACAACUCGCCAACAGAAACGCUGGAAAAGACCACCCCCACCUUACCCAUCGGCCUCGUCCCGUCUUGUUUUUCAAAGAGCCGCCUGCCAUCUUCUGCUCGGCUCUUGUUUUCGCCCUGCGGGUUUUCAGAACCAUGUGGAAGGCUGUGUGUCUCGCCGCCGUGGUGUGCUGCAGAGUGGCCCCGGCUCUGGAAGUGCUCCAGCCCGCUGUGGCUUUCGCCCUGCGCGGGGAGACAGCUGUUCUGCCCUGCUCCAUUUCUCCCGGAAGCGCGGCCGUUGAGCGCAGGAUUCCGCAGUGGUACUACGGUCAGCGGGCCAACAAGACGGCCAACGUCUAUCCCGAGAACGAGCUCUCUUCCGCUGAGCACAGGGGCCGCGUCGUGAUGAACCCCCGGGGAGACGACAGCCUGUCCCUGGAGAUCCGCGGCGUGCGCCCCGGAGACCACAACACCUACUACUGCGCGCUCUCCUGCCUCCUCAACCAGACCUACUACCGGCUGACGGGGAACGGCACGCUGCUCUUCGUGCACGAGCCCAUCCAGAUGUCUCAGUCUCCUUGCUUGGGGAAGAAUAUUACCCUCUCGUGUCGUGUUGUGGUUGCCAGGCCUGAUAAAGUGCAGCUGGUCUGGAGAAAAGUCAAUACCUCACUGACGGCAAGCAGUUUUGUGCAAUAUGUGCCGGACAGUGGAAUGGUGGUCAUAAAGAGCCAGCUGACAAUCUCCAGUUCUGAGGAGGUAGAGACCUACACCUGUCUUCUGAUGUACGACUCCCACCUCCGCCUCCCAGGAGAAAGCAUCUCAAUCAGCUCCAUGAAGCCGCCGGUCCUGCUGUACAUCGCCAGCCUGAUCAUCUCCCUGCUCACCCUGCUGGCCGUGGCCGGCGUGCUCCUGUUCCGGAGGGUGUGUGCCUGACCUCUGACCCCAGAAGCGUGACGCACAGAACGAACUCGAAACCUCUUCUUGCCUGGCGAGCGGCCAGAACCAAAAAAGCUGCAGUUUGGGUGGAUUUCAGAGACCGUGACUGCCUGCCCUUCACACGCCACUGCCCUGUGAUUUCCAGUCUGCUCUGUCUGCUCACAGCGUUUCCUUCAUGAUCACACAAUUCUAUUCCCUAUACAUUUUCUAUACAGCUACUUUAUCACCUACACUGUUGAAUAUGUCUCCUAUGAUCUUCUAAUUCAUGCCAUUAGAAUUAUGUCCCCUUCUGUUAAGGGAAGAGGUUACAGACUGGAUGGAGUUCAGCUGUAUGAGACUGACCUUUGCGUGAAGAGAUGACUUUUUCUGGUUGGUACAAUAUUAUUCUCAUGUUUUACAUCCUCAAGUUUUUAAAAUAGCAGUUAAUCAUCUUUUAAAUCGGUUGGUUUAUACUUUGCUUGAAUGACUAAUUUUGCAGAGCCUACUAAUGGUUUAUUUAAUCCACUAUUUUCACUGAAUGUAUUAUUGUGAAGAGUGUGCUCGCUUUGUGUACUUACAUACAAGCAAGAAUAGAAAUAUGAGUUUGAUCAACAGACUGAUCAUACUUGAUACCAGAAAUGAUCUAUUAUCACACAAAAGAGUUCCAGAAAUUAUGAACUUAUUGUUUCUACAAGUCCUGCCUUGCAGAACAGUUCAUCGUUUGAUUGCUUUCACAAAAAAUGCACAUGUCCAACAAAUUUUUGCAAGACACAAAUUCAAAUCUCUGUACUAGAGACAAAAAUCAGUUCUGCGAGACUCACUGGGACUCUGUUUGUCACACCAGAAAAAAAACAGACACCAGAAAGUGUUGAGCUAUACUGUACCAUGCGUAAGCAAACUGCAAUGACUAAAUUGUUCAGUCACCAGUCAUCAUAGAUCAUACAUAAAGAAGGCCGCCAGUGACCUAGGGCUGGAGGGAGACACUAGCGAAUCUAUUCAGAAACGGUUUUACGUGACUAGAACACACUCUUAGUGAGGCUGCGAGUUCUAUCUAUGUUUUAAUUUUUUUUAUCGAAGGAAUCGACUGCAAACAAAUGUAAUUUAUUUUGAAAGGGGUCGGACGUUGCGGGCCGCAGGUUGAGACCCACUGGCAGAGCAUGCAUAGGAUACAUUCAGGUGACAGCAUCGCGAAACCCUCCCAGUUACAAACAGCUCAAACAUUGAAACUCACCGAAUUCGUUAGAGCCGGUGUGUGCAGUUGAAAAGCAGCGUCCGAACCGCAUUCGUUCCCAAGAUAUAGCGAAGGUGUGUGUCCUCACUCAGCUCCCCAACAACGGCACAGGAGGACAAAAAAGAUGAGAGUUGAAAGUCGUAUCUGAAGUAAUUUCGCUUCGAUAUCCGGCACAUUCCUUAUCGGGGAAACCACGUGACCUGAUAUAAUGACCUUUUCUACGAAACAGAAGUCGAGGACUAGGAGACAUCGCGCACACUUCAGCUCUGCAUUAAGUGAUAGACGCAGAACAGCUAAUGUACUUGAUCACUGAAUACGACGGAGCUUGGUAUCAGUGCACUUGAAUAUAUUUGCUCCGCACAACUUCGAAGAAUUGAUAUUGAAAGAGAAUUGUGUUUUAACUGAUGUCAACACCUGCAAAUUGGUUUCUCGGUCUUUCCAGGCGUGGAGUGUCACUUAUUUGUAUAUUAUGGGCGUAUUUGUGUGAAUAGUAAAAUAAAUCCAGUCUCCAAUAUCUUAAAUAUCUUAAAGUAACCACAGGAGUUGCCGUUUUAGGAUUAAGGAGGUACCUUUAGGAAGCAAUUUCAUUUUCAAGGUUUAGAAUGAGCAAUGUCCUACAUUGAAACACCAGACCACACCAGACCUGGAUUCUGCAUUUUGUGAGGGACACUGUACUGAGUUGACCUUAAUUACAAAUCAGCAAAACAGUCGUAUUUGAAAAUAUGUGUACUUGCUCCUAAAACUAUGCAGAGAGUAUCUUCCAUAUUGUAUUGUGUUUGAACUGGAACAUUUUUACAAUUAUACAAAUUUCUCUUGUUAAUCUGUAAUUUAUAAAAACUAUUUGCUAUUGUCCUGUACAACCAAAGCUAGCCACACCUCCUAUCCUCUGUGAAUUAGAGAGAAAAAUAAAAAUAAAAAGUGAGAUUUUAUGUCUGUA